CGAAGAUCGUUACCACGGACUGCUAAAGUCCUCAGUGAAGUCGAUGGAUACACGGAGCAGCUUUUCUCCCCUCCUAAGCGUCAUGCGAAUAGAAGCGAAAAUUUAACAGAAACCCCUGCUACAAAGAUUUCAAAGAAAAUGGCCGCAAAAUUGGUGAUUGAAUCCCCUGAAAGUGUGGACGAGAAUCGCGGGCCGAACCUGAGAGCACCUCGUGCAGCAGCUCGUCGCUUAAACUUGAACGAAAAGGCAUCAAAACCAUCACGCCGUGAGCCAGCAGUCGACUCUAUGGAAACUGAGAAUGACGAGAACGUCCCGCCUGCUGGAGAUACUGUUGGUCGGCGCCUACCUAAAAGGAGUGUUAAGGGGGUCCAAAACGUUUCUGCGCAACCGUGCACUAGAACUCCGUUAAGGAUGAAGAUAAAGAGGUUCGACGAUGUUGCAAAGAUAUGCGAAUCUACUGUCAGAUACCGAUCUCCAGCUAUUACUGCGCCGAAAUGCAAGCAAGUUCCAUCGGACGCAUGUCUGAUGCCCCUGAAAACACGCUUGCGAGCUGUUCUUCUUGACGAGAAGGGUGGUGUCGCAUAUCGUACAGUCGGCCCUGAAAGCCCAUGGGGUAUCAAACGUCCCCCUGCUCGAGUCGUACCGGUUUUUAGCAAACUAAACAAAACACCUCGGAAAACUAAUCGAGAUCGCUCAUUCGAUGCAGGAGAACUUGAAGAAUCCUCUUCGGGAGAAGAUUACUCAAGCGACGAAAGUGAGGAGUGCGACGUGCAAACUGAUGACGAUGAUGACCUAUUAGAGCGGCAGAAACAGCAAAAG